AUGGGAACCCUUCGAGCUGACGAAAUUAGUAAUAUUAUACGAGAACGUAUUGAACAAUAUAAUAGAGAAGUAAAGAUUGUGAAUACCGGUACCGUACUUCAAGUGGGCGAUGGCAUUGCUCGUAUUCAUGGUCUUGAUGAAGUAAUGGCAGGUGAAUUAAUAGAAUUUGAAGAGGGUACCAUAGGUAUUGCUCUGAAUUUGGAAUCAAAUAAUGUUGGCGUUGUAUUAAUGGGUGAUGGUUUAAAGAUAAAAGAGGGAAGUUCUGUAAAAGCAACAGGAAGAAUUGCUCAGAUCCCUGUGAGCGAGGCUUUUUUGGGUCGUGUUAUAAAUGCUCUGGCUAAACCUAUUGAUGGGAGAGGUGAAAUUUCAUCUUCUGAAUCUCGGUUAAUUGAAUCUCCUGCCCCAGGUAUUAUUUCGAGACGUUCCGUAUAUGAGCCCCUUCAAACGGGACUUAUUGCUAUUGAUUCAAUGAUCCCUAUAGGACGUGGGCAGCGAGAAUUAAUUAUUGGAGACAGGCAGACUGGUAAAACAGCAGUAGCCACAGAUACGAUUCUCAAUCAAAAAGGACAAAAUGUGAUAUGUGUUUAUGUAGCUAUUGGUCAAAAAGCAUCUUCUGUGGCUCAGGUAGUGACUACUUUCCAGGAAGGAGGGGCAAUGGAAUACACUAUUGUGGUAGCCGAAACAGCAGAUUCGCCUGCUACAUUACAAUAUCUCGCUCCUUAUACGGGAGCGGCUCUGGCCGAAUAUUUUAUGUACCGUGAACGACAUACUUCAAUAAUUUAUGAUGAUCUUUCCAAACAGGCACAAGCUUAUCGUCAAAUGUCUCUUCUAUUAAGAAGACCCCCUGGUCGUGAAGCUUAUCCAGGAGAUGUUUUUUAUUUGCAUUCACGACUUUUGGAAAGAGCCGCUAAAUUAAGUUCCCGUUUAGGUGAAGGAAGUAUGACUGCUUUACCAAUAGUGGAGACUCAAUCCGGAGACGUUUCGGCUUAUAUUCCUACUAAUGUAAUUUCUAUUACAGAUGGACAAAUCUUCUUAUCUGCCGAUCUAUUCAAUGCUGGAAUAAGGCCUGCUAUUAAUGUAGGUAUUUCUGUUUCAAGAGUCGGAUCGGCAGCUCAAAUUAAAGCCAUGAAACAAGUAGCUGGCAAAUCAAAAUUGGAACUAGCUCAAUUUGCAGAAUUAGAAGCCUUUGCACAAUUUGCUUCUGAUCUAGAUAAAGCUACUCAGAAUCAAUUGGCAAGAGGUCAACGAUUACGUGAGUUGCUCAAACAAUCCCAAUCAGACCCUCUCGCGGUAGAAGACCAGAUAGCUACUAUUUAUACCGGAACAAAUGGAUAUCUUGAUGCGUUAGAAAUUGGACAGGUAAAGAAAUUUCUUGUUGGGUUACGUACCUACUUAACAAAGAAGAAACCUAAAUUCCAAGAAAUUCUAUCUUCUACCAAGAUAUUCACCGAAGAAGCUGAAACCCUUUUGAGAGAAGCUAUUCAGGAACAGAUUGAACUCUUUCUACUUCAGGAACAAACAUAA